CUUGCUCCUUGUAUUCUCUCUCUCUCUCUCUCUCUCUCUCUCUCUCUCUCUCUCUCUCUCUCUCUCUCUCCUCCCUCUCCCCUCUACCCUAUGCCUUCUCUGUCUGCUGGUCCUGGUGGCACAUCUCCAGUAGCAUGUCUUUCCCCUGUAGUCUAGAGUCUCUGGAGUUUCCAUGAAUCCUUUCAUUGUUUGAGCCUCAGCCCUCACAUAAUACCCAGAUCAUCCUGGAGAGCCUGGCCUCUCCUCCUUCCCUUCCAGACACCACAUGGCUCUCUAAGGAAUGCUUCUCAUAGCCCUUGCAUCUCAGAGCAACUGCAAGGUUUCCAACCAAGUCGCCAAGACAGUCCUUGCCUGCAGCAAACUUUUGCUUUCAAUUUCGAAGCACACGUCCGAGCUCCCCGCCUCCUUUUCAAUUAAGAGGCCCACUGAGCAUUCUGUCUGGCUGUCUUUUCUCUGAGCCAUGCCCUGCUGCUGCUGCAGGUGAGUAGCUAGGAAGCCAUAGCGCUGCAGUUGGGCCCUCCCCCACACACACACACACUUGAUAACCAGCCUGGCCUAAAGGACACCUCCAGGAAGCAUUCCAGCACACACCUCUCUCUCCCCCCUAGCUGCCACACGGUCAUGUGGCACUUGCUCUGCUCUGGACUUGAACAGAGUCUUGGCAACACAUCCUGUCCAUCUCUCACGCAGCAGAGGGAGCCUGCCGGGACUGUUUUUGCCUUUACCCAUACCUGGUUUUUUUCCUUCUGUUUUUAAUAAUUCAGUGGCCUCAGUAGCCUCGAAUGGACUUCUUUUUUCCUGACGGCACAGUUACCGCUUAGUAGUUGGCAAAUGUUUAGUGCAAGAUGGGGUGUGGCUAUAGUCUGUGAAGCAGCUAAGUUAGGGGCCUGGUGCUUUGAGCCCCAAUUACUACACUGUCCCUAGCCUUAUUAGUAACCUCACAUGGGUUGAGCUUUGAUGUCGCUCUUACCAAGGAGCUAAUAAUGCUUAAAACCGGGCUUCAAUGGGAAUGGGAGUUGCAGUAGGGGAGACAGUCUGAGCUCUAAGGUAGGACCUGGUAUCAGGAGUUCCUAACAAGCCAGUGAGAUUUGAGUCUAGACUGGACCCUCACCUAAGUUCGUUGCCUGAGUCUUAAACGUGGAAGGAGUGGGGAGGGGUAGUUGACUGAUGGGUCUUGUAGGGAAAACAAAUUACAUCAGCUAUCACCGGGACAAAACUCUUGACAGAAGCCAUUAAGGGAGGCCAGGUUUCUGUAGGCUCGCAGUUCCAAGGAAGGUGUUGUGAGGCAGCUGAUCCCUAUGCAUCCGAAAAUAGAACAAGGUGAAUGCUGGUGUUCCAUUUACCUUCUCCGUGUCAUGGAGUCUGGGACACCGGAGCAUGAGCCACCCACAUCCAUGAUGAGUUUUUCCUCCUCAGUCAAACCCCUCUCUAAACAUUCCCACAGACAUCCCCAGAUGUCUGUUCCCACGGCAAUUCUAAAUCCAGUCAAGUUAUCAAGAAAGAUUAACCACCAUAUAAUUAACCGCACAUGUGUACAUAAACAGAGAUGGAGGUGCUUCUGGGGAUCGGACAUACGGCUUCAUGGUGUGUGCUUCACAUGUGCAAGGCUCUGUGUCCAGUUUCCAAUGUGCACAUGUAUACAUACCUACACAAGUGCUAAUCAGAACCGUAGAACAAACACUUGACAAUAAGAACACUCACCAAUACCUCUUACUAUAACUCUUACACUGGUGCCCGUUUCUUACUGAAUGGUCCUAUCAGUUACACACACUUACACACACACACACACACACACACACACACACACACACACACAUCUACAGCCAACAUAUGGUUAUAUAGUUAGCCUGUCAACAGAGUUCAGUUCCCACACAAGUGUUCCGUUAUCUUUCACAGUGACAAGUAAGACAGAAGUGAAACCACAGAAGCACAAGUCUGGACUGCACCUAGCUGUCUGUGGUGUGCACAAGUGUCCUAGUUAGGUUUGCUAUUUCUGCAAUGAAACACCAUGACCCGAAAGCGUAUCAGGGAGGAGAGGGUUUAUUCGGUUUAUGCUUCCAGAUCAGAGUCCGUCACUGGAGGAAGUCAGGACAGGAACUCAAGCAAUGCCGGAACCUAAAGACAGGAGCUGAUGCAGGGGCAUGGAGGAAUGUUUACUGGCUUGCUUCCCAUGGCUCGCUCAGCCUGCUUUCUUAGAGAACCCAGGGACCACCAGCCCAGGGAUGGCACGAUGGGCUGGGCAUUCCCCAUGGAUCACUGAUUGAGAAAAUGCCCUACAGCUGGAUCUCAUGGAGGCAUUUCCUCAAUUGAGGGUGCUUUCUCUCUAGUGACUCUAGCUUGUGUCACAAAACCCAGCCAGUGCAGGGAGUCUAUGACAGAAUGGCUAGAAGAAGUGUUUGAACUCUGCAAAGAUACUUCCUCAGAUGGGCCAGUCACAAUGUAACGACACAAACAACACACCUUUCAAAAAGUUUUUUAUUAUUUUUAAAAUGUAUAUAUAUAUAUAUAUAUGUAUCUUAUUUUAUCUGUAUGUACAUUAGUGCUUUAUUUGCAUGACAGAAGAGGGCAUCCAAUUCCAUUACAGAUGGUUGUAAACUACCAUGUGGUUGCUGGAAUUGAACUCAGGACCUCUGGAAGAACCAGUGCUCCUAACCACUGAGGCCAUCUCUCCAGCCUCACACAUAACACACUUUUUAUGUUAUUCUACAGGACACUAAAUUGAGCCCCAAUUUUUGUGAUGACCUCUUAUGUGAUGCUAAUACUUCCGAGGUGACUGAUAGUUCAGAGGUGGCACACCGGCAAACCCUUCUUCAAUGCUUCUGCCCCACACAUAACAUUGCUGUGAUGACGUCUAAGGCAUAAACUAUCUGUGUGUGUUUUUAAUUGCUGUGUUCUGUUUUUUACUGUGUGGGUGUUUUAACCUGUAUGUAUGUCUAUACACCUCAUGAGAGCCCAGUGCCUACAGAAGCCAGUAGAAGAAAUCAGGUUCCUUAGACUUGGAGCUACAGAUGGUGGUGAGCUGCCAUGUGGUUACUGGGAAUCAAAUCUGGGCCCUCGGCAAGUGCAGCCAGUGUUCUUAACUACUGAACCAUCCCUCCACCCAGUAUAGGUUUCUAACAAAAUAGAAGAUAAUGAGAAAACGGUGGCUUUUGAGAACUUGGGAUGGUUUAUUUCAACAAAGUUUCUACAACUUUGUGUGUGUGUGUGUGUGUGUGUGUGUGUGUGUGUGUGUGUAAUACUGGCACUGGUUUAAUGGACUUGUCGAGUUUUACAGUUUGCUCUCAUGAACUAGUAGGGGCUGACCCCGGAACAUUGAGAGCUCUGCGGUUCUCAGCUUCAGCCUUACCUUGAUUGGGACUUCCUCCCUACAGUUUCAGGCUUAGGUCUUCCCUGGGUCUCAGGAAACGGAACUGAAAAGAUUUGUAUUGAAUUUGACCUUACAUAAAAAUACAUAAAACCUAAUUGUGUAAUAGAAAAUGCUCAGAAGCCAAUGAUACACACACAGCCUGCACAGGGGCAGAAUCACUCUGCAGUAACCACGGCCAUGGUUUCUACUUUGUGUCAGUCUGUGCUGAUUUUGCACAGCAUUGGGGCUCCUUGUGCCAUUUCAUAUGCGUACAUAGGGCACUCUGGGAGUCUCUCACUAUACCUGGAGUUCAUUGAUUGAGAGGUAAGCAGGCUGGCCAAAAAGCACAGGUUACAGAUAUGUCACUCGUGACUUUUGUGGGUUCUGGGGUUCUGUAUUUAGGUCUUCACUUACUGAGGCAUCUUGCCUACCUACCCUGUAUGCUUUGCAGCGCCUAACUUCUUUCCCUCAGCAUUGUGGAUAUGAAAUCCAUCCGUGAUGAAUGGAGCAAGACUUCAGCCGCUCUCAUUGGUGUAGAUUAUUAUUCCAUUGUACAAAUGGAUCCACUUCUCAUUGAUUUAUCCAUUCUACACAUAGUGGGUUGUUUCCAGAGACUGUUUCUUAGGAGCCGAGGUGCAGAAACAUUCCUCUGCUCCUGAUGGGAGCAUGCUAUUCGAGUCAUGCUAUUCUUCCUCAGUCAGUGAGCUCCUCUCCCUCUCCUACAGCACACCCAAGGCCAUUGGUCCAUUUGUGUGAACAUGCUUUCACUUCCCUAAGGCCUGAGGCCACUGUUUCCGUGGAUCACAGAUUGUCCUCCGGACUCCUCUCUGUGCAGCUGCCCCUUUCAUCGGGACAUCUGCAUUUAUUCUAAAGGGUCAUGGUAUCUGGCUUCACAUCAGUAAGCGGAGUGGAAGUGACAGACAAUGUGGCCACGGAACUGAGGGCUAAGUCUGGCAGCUGAUCAGUGAGGCUCCUGGAGAGAGGUUCAGCUCAGGGAAAUGGCUUCCUAGUGUGUAUCAAACAAAAAUCAACAGUGAGCUCCCUUGACUGGAAGUCCACCAAGCACUCUGCCCUCACUUGACUUGGUCUGGGGAGAGUGUUACCCAUCAGUUGUUCAGCGGGUGACCCCCCCCCCACCUCUAGGGUAUUCCUUGGGAAAAUUUUUGAAGAGUGGGAGAGCAGUGAAAAAGAAAGCAGUGGGGAGAAAGACAAGAUUUUUUCAUCUGCUUGGCUCCAAGCACACCCUAACCCUAACUGGUGUAGCUCUGUCCCCUCAGUGUUUAGCUGCAACCGUUCAGCUGUGCUGUGUCUUUAUUAAUGUUUGCACUGCAGAGACUCACCCUCUGACAGCCCUGGAGAAUGUUUUCAGUGAGCCAGCUGAAAAGCGCGCACAGACACACACACACACACACACACACACACACACACACACACACACACAGAGGGAGAGAGAGAGAGGGAGAGAGAGGGAGAGAGAGAAAGAGAGACAGGGAGAGAGAGAGAGAGAGAGAGAGAGAGAGAGAGAGAGAGGGAGAGAGAGAAAGAGAGACAGGGAGAGAGAGAGAGAGAGAGAGAGAGAGAGAGAGAGAGAGAGAGAGAGAAAGCAACAGUCCCAUAUGCUUGCGUUAUUCACAGCUUGCGUUAUUCACAGCUUCUUGUUUUCUCAGGAGAGCAUUAACAUGUUUCCUUCAAGAAUGAUCAACAUCACCAUCGUUGUUAACCCUUGACCAAGUUUUCCCCGGCCUGCUCUGGGCCACAGCUCAGCCACACACCAUAGCUCUCUAAGGGAUCUGCAAAACCCAUGACCCAAGUAGGACACCUAAAAAGCACCCAUGGAAAAAGCACAGACGUGACAGCUAGAUAGACCAGGGGGACAGAACACCAGGCGGGUAUGGAUGUGGAGGCAGGAGACUCAGAAGUUAAGUUUAUCCUCAGCUGCAUAUCAGUUACAGACUAGCCUAGGUUAUAUACCUGUUCUAUAAACAAACAAACAAACAAACAAACAAGUUGUGGGGAACUAGGAAUUUGGCUUGGUUGCUAAAAUAUUUGUCAUAUUAACAUGAAGACCUGAGUUCAGAUCUCCAAGAUCCACACAUCAAGCUGGGUGCUGUGGGUCAACUUCCAGUAUUAAGACAGGGAUCCUGCUACCCCAGUAUUGGGAUGGGGUGCAGCGGACUCACUGACCUAGCCAGUUCUGUAAGAGACCCCGCCUCAAAGUACAAGACACAAAACAGCUGAGAAAGACCAGCCACCCUGGCCUCUGACCUCUGGCCUCUGGCCUCUGCAUGUGCAUAUAUGCAGACAUGAGCACAUGCACAUGCAUAUAGCACUCACAUACAAAUGUCAAAAACAACAUUUAAGAACCAACAAGAACACAUCAUCAAUACCUGCCUGAGUCUGCCAUUCCCCUACCUUCCUCGAGGCUGAAGUGAUAGAUCCCACAUCCAAGGUGGAGGUGAGCCAUUCAUUCACAGACCCUCACUCCUCACAGAACCAUCGCCUCAUCUGACCAACUAGUAUCAGUUUAGGCAGGACUCUGUCACCCAUGGAUCUGAACAUUCAUGCAUACCACCCCUUCCCAGUAACGAUCUUAGCGCAGAAUGAAUGACACACAGGAGUGCGCCUCAGUAUUUAUACGCCUGUGACUUCAGAAACAGGCAUGCGCACAACACGCCAACCAGGGAAUUCAGAGUUGCUUUCCUCCUAACGAAUGUCAGGUUCUGUCACACUGCUGACCCAUGCUUAAAAUAGUGUAACUGUGAUUGAUUUCUGCAGAAUACGUUCGCUUUCUAAUACCCUCAACUCGCUCGCUCGUUUCCGUAAGCAUAAAUAUUUUCUUUGGAUGCUCAAAUGUUCAAAGCCAAGAAUUUUUCCUUUUCUGCUAGAAAUAGUUUUGUGUGUGUGUGUGUGUGUGUGUGUGUGUGUGUGUGUGUGUGUGUGUGUGUGUGUGUGUGUUCUGAGUGGCCUCGGCUGUCUUUUUUAUUCAGUUCAGUUUCUGUCUCUGGUAUUUGGCACAAUAUCAUUUGAUUUCUGGAGUUUUUUUGUUUUGUUUUGUUUUUCCAUUUGGAAGCAUGGGUCAAAAGGAAACUGACUGGCUGUGGUUUACAGACGUGUGUUUUCAAAGUUUAAGCAUCUUCAAAAGUAAUUUUUUAGGGGUCUAGAGAGAUGGCCCAGAGGUUAGGAGCAUUUGCCACUCAUUCUCUGGCAGAGGACCUGGGUUCAAUUCCCAGCACCCAACAUGGCAGCACACUGUAACUCCUGUUCCAGGAGAUAUGACAACCUUUACUAACCUCCAACAGACCAGACACACAGAGGCAAGAUGCUCAUACACAUAAAAAUAAUAGUAAUAAUAAUAAUAACCUUUAGGGCCUGCAGCAAUGGCUCAGUGGGGAAGAGCAUUUGCUAUAUCCACAUGAGGUCCUGAGUUCACAUCCCAGGACCCCCAUGUGAAGGUGAGCAUGACCCUUAGUGCCUAACUAACUAAUGCUGUGGAUAUGGAAACAGGAAGAAUCAGUGGGAGGGGGUCUCUGAGCUUGCUAACCACCAGCCUGUCCCCAAUUUCAAUGAGACCCUGUCUAAAGGGAAGAAGGGAAAGAGUCAUAGACCAGGACACACAAAUCCUCCUCUGGCCUACACUCUUUCAAACUCACACACACAGAUAUAUAUCACACACCUAUACUCACACAUACACACCUAUAAACAUACACCACAUGCACUCACCACAAACAUACACACAUACACAUACACCACACACACACAUAUACAUACAUAUUCACACUACCACACACAAAUACACAUACACAAAUACACACCAUAUACACAUAUACAUGCAUACACACCACACCAUACACAUGUACAUAUACACAAACACCACACUGUUGCUGUAAAAUUAUAAAAACUGCUGUCUUUUAACCUGCACUAGGUCCGGCACCACAGUGUCACAAGAUAUCUGGCAGAUAUCUUCAUCUCAGUGCCCCACAUUGGGUGCCACCUAUUGCUGUAAAAUUAUUAAAAAAAAAAAAUGCUGUCUUUUACCCCGCACUAGGUCCAGCACUGAAGUGCCCCAAGAUAUCUGGUAGAUAUCUUCAUCUCAGUCAGCAAAGCUUCUCACCCGCUUUGCUGUAUCCCAUAUCACACUGCUGAUGGCUUCUCUCUGCACCUGGCAACAAUCUCUCUACCCGUCUAGUUCCCAAGGCAGGCUGCCACCAUGCCAGACAUAUACAUCCCAAUUCUGCGGUGGCCUAGUGCGGUGGCCAGCCACCACAUACUCUCUUAAACUUAAAUUGCCACAUGAAAGAACACACAACACAAUAACCUCUAAUCCAGUUGAUAAGAUAUAAUUGCCCACCUAGACAUACAGAGUCCUGUACACAUCCAUCCCUUAAGAACAUUCAUAACAACCUGUAAAUGUGCAGAGAGGAAUCUUAACAUCAGCCUCCAUGUUCUCUCGGCUGCUUCUCUCCUUCUUCCAGAUUCCUCUCUCUCAAAUUUUUCUCCUGCCCAUCCUUCCUUCUCUUCCAAUGACAGGCCUAUUGUACCUACCUUCACCUAUAUGACAUCAUCCUACAUCACAUAUACACACACAUUACACACACACACACACACAUAUAUAUAUACAUAGACAUACUCAUAUACAAAUACACAUACACACAUACCAUAUACACACAUACAUACACAUUACACACAUAUAUACAUACAUAUACAUACCACAUACACAAAUACACAUACACACAUACCAUACAUAUAUAACACAUACACAUACCACACACACAUACAUUUACACGCUACACACACAAAUACACAUACACCAUAUAUAUACACAUACACAGCACAACCACACCAUGCACACCUACACACACCAUGCACACACACACAUAUACCACACACACAUACACACACAUAAAUACACAUAAAAACACACACACCACACAUAUGCAUCAUACACCAGUAAUAAUAAUAAUUUUAUAACUGGUUUAUAUAAGCACUCUCAGAAUAGUUAGCAACACACUUAUAUAGUCCCUAUAUCUUUUUUUUUCUUUUUUUCGGAGCUGGGGACCGAACCCAGAGCCUUGUGCUUGCUAGGCAAGCGCUCUACCACUGAGCUAAAUCCCCAACCCCUAGUCCCUAUAUCUUUAAAUCCUGAAAUAUUCUCCUUCAUAAAAGCAAUACACCCUGAGCGUGGUAGCCCAUGCCUUUAACCCCAGCACUGCUAGUGGCAGAGGCAUGUGGACCUCUGGGAGUUCAAGGCAACUUUGGUCUACAUAGUGAGUUCCAGGCAGCUUGGGCUACAUAAGUAGAGCCUGUCUCAACCACCAAAAGAAAUAAAAGAAAUACACAUCGAAAGUACCAUCCUGCUAUAAAAGAAUGAUGUAUGACGUACUGCUGCCAGCUAUAACACUAGUUAACUUGAAACCAUUUGCUGAGGGGAAGAAGAGAGACAGAGACUCCAGACUUCGAGACUCCGUUCAUGAGAAAUGCUAUGAGCAAGCAAAGUCACCAACAGAAAGAUGAGUGACGGCCAAAGCUGGGGCAAGCGCCAGUUAGGACAAGCAGAUAUGAUGCCAAGAUUUCUUUUUUGGGGGGGGGGGGUGACAUGCUGCCGUUGCAUAUGAGUGCCAUUGUCUAACUCUGGGGAUAUUAAAAAAAGAAUAAAUUAUACAUUGUAAAUGAGUAAGAUUUGUGGCACGUGAAUUCGGUCCCAAUUUUUAGUUAGGUCAUGGUAAGUAGAAAGUGUCAAGAUGGGGACCUGAGAGAUGUCUUGGCAUGUAAGGUACCUGCCACACAAGUAUGAGGACAGGAAACCAGCACAUACAUUAAAAGCCAGGCGGGCACGGUGGCCCACAUGUGACCCCCACAGUUGGCAGGCAGAGACAGGGAUCCCUUGGGGCAAGCUGGUGAACUCUAGGUUCCUCAAGAGAUCCUGCCUCAGUAAAUAAAGAUAACAAUAGAAAGCAGAUGUCAACCUCUGGCCUACACGCACGCACGCACGCACGCACGCAACGCACGCAACGCACGCACGCAACGCACGCACGCAUGAGCACAUGGAAACAUGCUAGGAAUGAACUAUCGAUGCUUCACUCAGCAGCUGCUGCUGCUCUCUGUUCAUUGUUUCCUUCCGGUAUAUUCUCCGUGAUGUUUUAGCGAUGGAAGAAGUUGUUUUUCCAGGAUAACCGGGACACAGUUUCCACAUUACUACAUUUUAAGUAGUCGUAUAUGAAUGUCGCCAGCCGCUCCCUUAACAAGGCUGGAGCUAAAGGAAGGUCCACUAAGUUGAUAAUUGGGUCUUACAUAAUGGGAUGGCUUGCUUCCGACUAUGAUGGUCACCCUCUGCCAGGAGGAAAGGGUGGUCCAACGAAAGACAGAGGGCCUGGUAGGCAGAGAGACUCACAUGGAUGCCAGGAAAGAGGGAACCUUAGGGAGAAGCGCUCUGAGGAGAAGGCUCUCAGAAUCGAGACUCACAUAUUACACAGAGCAGUCGUUCUCUUCAGAAUCCCUUGUGUGUUGAGGCAGGCCAUGACACCUCACUGAGGGGGUGGGGGCUCCAUGGAAGGAAAUGAGGAGGCCCCCGCUUUUAAGCUUUGCCUCCUGUGCAUUUGAAAGAGCUCUCGGCUAUGCUUCUGAUCAUGGCCCUACUACGUUCCCUUGAAUUCUUGUUUUUCCUGUAUAGUCGGACGCCUUUAUCAAUAGCCUGAGAGUAUCCUCCUGAUCUCGGGCAUGAGUGAUUCAAGUACUUCCCAAGCAGGGUCUAAUUUGAAACAACUACUUGACGGGGCUUAUCCCCAGUUGAUAAAGGAAAUAAAGGCUCUUGUUUAGAAACAGGCUCAUACUGACUGUGGUGAAGACCUUUAAUUCUAUCAGGAGGCAGCGGCAGACGAGGAAAGAGUGCUGUGAGUUCCUGGCCAGUCAAAGCUAUACAGUGAGAAAGAAGGAGGGCAAAGAGGUGAGGACGGAGGGAAGAAAGGAAGGAAAAUGCCCAGCAUCACACAGCAAGCACGUCUGUUUGUGUAGCACUAAUGGUAUUCAUGCAUAUGAGGCGUGUGCCCAGUGUACGUGUGUGUAUAUAUUCAUAUGUGGAACCCAGAAGUUGACCUCAGUUGUCUUCAUUAAUCACAUUCCUUUUGACUCGAGGGCUCACUGAACCUGGGGUUUGCAGAUUUUGCUAGUCUGGGAAGCCCCAAGGAUCUUCCCAUCUCUACGUUCCUAGUGCCCAGAUUACAAGCACUAGUGCAGAGCCCCAGGCUUUUGUAGAUGCUGGGGAUUGAAUGCAGAUCCUUCUGCCUAAGCAGCAAACUGAGUGGGCCAUCCCCUCAGGCCCUGGCUUUUGUCAUUCUCAAUAAAGAUGUUCUAGAUACAGCUUCUCAAAAGUGUUGGGCAUGUGUAGAGGCAUUUCCUCAGCUAGAUGAUUCAGGAAGCGACAGUUCAGGAAGCGGUCCCCUCACGUCCAAGAGUUCAAGGGGCUGUGGUUGUAAAGCUCCUCCUCCUGUGUCUUUCUGUUGUGGUAAAAUUAAAAAAAGGUUGCACGACCUGGUUCCCGUGAGUUCCCACUCUGCGUAAAUCUGCACACUCUUGCUGUUUCUGUCAGCCGCUUUCACACACUGUCCCCUUGGCGGAUGUUGCCAUGCCUGAGACUCACAUCGCAUACGGGGGGCUGUGCUAGUGUGGCCCCACGCCAGGCUAACCCCAAGCAUUCUAUAGCCUACUACGGCUUCCUGUCAUAGACUCUGUUCACACUCCCACCAAUCUAGUAAAGACAGAGCUCAACAGGCUGUAUCCCAGCAACCAGAUUUAUGUGUUAAAUGCUCAAUGUACAAUACAACCACACGAUUAACUUACAACCAAUUGAUAAGGAUAUAAACCGCCCGCCUAGAUAAAAUAUAUUUUGUUCAUCUAGACAUAGAAAGCCCUGUACAAGCCAUCCCUUAAGAAUAUUCAUAACAACCUGUAGAUGUGCAGAGAGAAAUCUUUUUUUUUUUUCCUUUUUUUCGGAUCUGGGGACCGAAUCCAGGGCCUUGAGCUUGCUAGGCAAGCGCUCUACCACUGAGCUAAAUCCCCAACCCCCUUUUUUCUUUCUUAUUUUUUAAAUAUUUAUUUGUUUGUUUUGUGUAAAUACACAGUCAUUGUCUUAAGACACAUCAGAAGAGGGCAUUGGAUUCUAUUACGGAUGGUUGUGAGUCACCAUGUGGUUGCUGGGAAUUGAACUCAGGACCUCUGGAAGAGCAGUCAGUGCUCUUAACCUCUGAGCCAUUUCUCCAGCCCCGAGAGAAAUCUUAGCAUCCGCCGCCAUGUUCUCUUGGCUGCUCCCUCCCUUUUACUCCAGUCUCCUCCUCUCUCUAAAACCUUUCUCCUACCCAUCCUUCCUUCUCAUGUCCAAUGACAGGCCUCGUUCUAUCCCGUACCUGCCUUCACCUGCACAAUGACAUCAACCUACAUCUUUUAUUAGUUUGUUUGUGGCCAAAUAUUUAGUUCACAGGUUGCUUACUGGGAGGUGGUGUACAGGGGGAGUAGCUAACCCUUAUUAUCCCGUGUGGGCUAAGCUCGCUUGAAGGAAGGUUUGCUGGCUCCUGUACAGUUGAAACCACCGGGGAUGCCCAACAACCCUGUUGUUCAUCACUCAAAACCCAACCUCAAUGCUCUUUCCUGGUCACCAUCUUUCUCCAACAUUGAUUAGCUUUGAUUUUUACCAGCCUGUGUGCUUCAGCGACUUCUGCGAGCUUUUCCUUGAACUCGCGGUUCCCUUCCUGUGCCCUGCUAUGCCCUUUGAUUUAUUAGGAUUUGAUUUUUUCGGUAAGAACUGCCCUUUCCCGCCUUCCAGGAUAUCUCUCAGAGAUAAGGUUUGUCGUACAAGACACUGAGGCCUGAUUCAAACUGACUUCUUUUCCCCCUCCCUUUGCAUAGCCCAAGCUAGCCCUUUCCUCCACCUCCCAAGUGCUGCGACCCUUCACUCGUGGCACCGUACCUGGCUUGCCCUCCUCGCUUCUGGUCUAUCCGUCGCUCUUUGCUCCCUCAAUUCUUCAGAACCAACACCACCUGGUGGGCGCGUUUUGCCAUCCAAUCCUUUCGUUCUGCCUUCAGUUCUGAGCAUAGAUGGUUUCUGGUGUCCUUCCUCCGCCCCUCCUUUGCUACCACCCAUGUUUCUUGUUUGAUUUUUCUCUGUCUUGUUCUCAAUAUGGAAUCCCCUUACGGUACUCACAGGCUGCCUUUGUGUUCUCUUGUCUCACUACCCACAUAACCUACGUGUGCUGUUCGCUCACCUGUGAUUUAUUUUAGCAUCAUUUCUACUGGUCACAUCUUCUCUUCUGCUAUUCCUCACAGAAUAUCCACUCCAUGGUUUGUAACAAGCCUCACAAGUCUCCCUCUACCCAUUAGAAAAAAAAUAUCCAGAUGGCUGAGGACUGAAGUAUAUGCUAAAUCUCUCUGGUUGGCCUUGGCUCUGCCAGAGUCUCCAGCAGCCAUUCGGUACCAGAGAAGACAGAAGUUAAUGAGCUGGAGAGAGACUCUAGAGGUGAGAUAAGGACAAAAGGAAGCAGCAUCUGAGCUCGGAGGAAUCACUGAUGCUUGUUCACACCUGAUAGUGCCCCCUCACCUCAUUCUCCCUUAAACUGGCAUUACGGUCAAGUUCCUUCACUGCAGCCAGACCAUCAGUUCUCAACCUGUGGGUCGAGACCCCCUGGGUUGUCAACGGACCCUUUUACGGGAGUUACCUGUCUAGUGAGGGUUUUACUGCUGUGAACAGACACCAUGACCAAAGCAACUCUUCUAAGGACAACAUUUCAUUGGGGCUGGCUUACAGGUUCAGAGGUUCGGUCCGUUAUCAUCAAGGUGGGAACAUGGCAGCACCCAGGCAGGCAUGGCGCAGGAGGAGCUGAGAGUUCUACAUCUUCAUCUGAAGGCUGCUAGCAGAAUACUGACUUCCAGGAAGCUAGAAUGAGGGUCACACCCACAGUGACACACCAACUCCAACAAGGCCUAACAGUGCCACUCCCUGGGCCAAGCACAUACAAACCAUCAUACUGAGACCAUCAGAAAACAGAUUUACAUUAAGAUUUAUAACAGUAGCAAAUUAUAGUCAUGAGGUAGCAAUGAAAAUAAUUCUAUGAUUGUGGGGGGUGGGGGGCUCCCCAUAACUAUUAAAGGAAGAUUGAGAGCCACUGAUCCAGACGAAAAGGCCUGGCCAAGCAGGCAGGGGGAACUAGGAUGGGACAGUAUCCUGUGAGUACUCAGAUCUCUCUCUCUGGCCAUCCUCCUCAAGAGGCCAUGGGCUGCUCCAUGCUCAGGGCAACAUGUCCAUCUCUCAGAGGCCCUCUGCUGGCCCCACAAUCUAUUUUUCCAGCCACGUACUAGGUCAUAAUGACUCCAUUAUGGUUAUGGGAGGCAGAGAACACGCCGCUGAUGGGACCAAUCCUUUCCCUUUGAAAAUGGACAGGCCACGGGCCAUGUGUACACUCCUUGCUUGGCUCCAUGGAAGGGAUUUGGCAGAUGUCCUUCCGUUUCUGACAUAUGGCUACUCCUCAGCCUUCCUUCCGGUAUUGUUGUUGGAUGCAGCUAAAUGGCCCUUUACAUUACGCUUCCAUUUCUGCUACAAACCAACAAACCGAUCUCCAUGUCUCAUCGGUCCAUAUGCUGCUUCUUUCUCCUCUAGCCGAGGAAUGACUCACGGAAGGGCUUGGACACCCUUUGAGUUGUUAAUGUCCAAAAGAGAAUGAGAAAUACGUAUGUGUACAUGCACACACACACACACACACACUCACACACUCACAUAUACACAAACACAUACAAACUCACACACACACACUGACAAACACACACACUCACAUAUACACAAACACAUACAAACUCACACACACACAAACAUAUGCACACUCACACACUCACAUAUACACAAACACAUACAAACUCACGUACACACACACACUCACAUGCACACACAAACACAUGCACACACUCACAUGCACACACAAACACACACACACAAAUUCACACACACACAAACACACACUCACACUCACACAAACACAAACACCCACAAACACACACUCACAAACAUACACUCACACACACACACAAACACACACACAUAUAUAUGUAUAUAUAUGUACAUAUAUAUGCAUAUAUAUAUAUAAAGAUUUAUAAAUUGAUCAUAGGUGUUUGAGUACAAUAAUUAGCCAAGUUCUUUUAUUGUUCCCAACCAAAUAAAUCCCCUGGGCCUCCCGCCUAUAUUUGUUGACCCUCUUCUCCAGCCCUUAAAUUCCCAUUUGGUGGAGGGGCCUGAUCUUGGUCCUUGUGGUUCCCAUGGUAACGGAUGCCCUUCUCACUUGGAGACAGCAGUGGGUGUGAGACCACCUGCCGAGCUCUGCUCUCAGGAUGGGCCACAGCAGAUGUCCCUUACAGCAUUCCUCUCGCCCACCGCAUGCUACUCUCCAAGCUACCAGGCUUAAUAAUCAGUCAGCAGAGGCGGCCACACAUGAGUUCUCUGCUGGCCCUGAGGUGCAAGGUUUCCUACGGAGAGCGGUAGGGCGGUUACAUUUCUGUGCCCGACUCAACACUUAUUGGAAGGUGCACAUGGGCAAAGUACUGUGUAAAUAUUAAACAAAAUUCCGACCAAAAAAAUGGGUAUCUCAGAGCUGGAAAUAAUGCCUCAGUUAGUAAACUGCUUGCCCAGUGUGCAUAAAGCGCUGGGUUUAGUGUGGCAUAUAUCUGGCAUGGGGGAGGUAGAGACAGGAGGGUCAGAAGUUUAAGGUCAUCCUUGGCUACACAUCGAGGUGGGGGCCGGCUUGGACAUGAGACUGUAUCCCCAAAUAACAACAAUGACAAUAAUAAUAAUAAUAAUAAUAAUAAUAAUAAUAAUAAUGUGUAAUCCUGAUGGGGUAUAAGCAGAAUAAUGUAUGGAAUGUAAUUAUCUGUCUUACAAGUUGAAAUAUGAUAAACACCCCAGAAGGCAGUGUAGAAGGAAAGGCCUUGCAAAUGCAUCUUCUUCCAAGAUGCAACUGGGGCCUAUCUACCUGUCUACCUCUGUGGAUUCCACGCCGAACAGAGAUGAUCCUGUGUGUCACGGUCCCCUUGCCUCUUCUCCCCUCUGUUCUACAGCGGCCUUGUGAUACCAGUGGCACCUUUUUUUUUUUUUUUUUGGUUCUCUUUUUCGGAGCUGGGGACUGAACCCAGGGCCUUGCGCUUCCUAGGUAAGCGCUCUACCACUGAGCUAAAUCCCCAACCCCGGUGGCACCUUUUGAAAGCCCACCAGGACCUGCCGUUCCCCUGUGGAGACACUGCUCCUUUCUCACAGCAUUUGAAGCAACUCCUAUCUCUAGACUGUGCAGUAAAGAAGCUGGCCCAUGCCCACCCACACUGGCUUCUCCUGGCUCCGUCUACUGGAGAGCUCCUGAGCUUUCUGCCUUGUGACUUGGAGCCUCUCAACGCCAGGCAGCAAGAAAAUGGAGCCCCUUCAUAGAAGUCUCUUCUGCAGGCCUACACUCAAGGGUGUCUCUCUUUCUCUCCCUCCUUUCCUCCCUCCCUCCCUCCCCUUCCCUCUCUCUCUCUCUUUCCCUCUCUCUCUCUCUCUCUCUCUCUCUCUCUCUCUCUCUCUGUGUGUCUGUCUGUCUGUCUGUCUCCCACAUAGCCUUUCACAGUCUUCAAGGACCCAGCCCAUCUGUGUGAUUUUGACUCUGAAGUCCAGGAUAGAAAUGCUGACCCAGUCACUCCUGUACAGGCACAGCCUACAUACAGUUCUGUGGUUGGUUUUCUUGAGGCCCGGAAGUAGAAAAGAGUUUCAGUAGACAGGGGAUGAACCACUGUGUAAGCAGAGCCAUCAAGGGACUGACUGUUCUGUGGCCUACUUGUAGGAGAAAGUAGGCCAGCAUGCCUAGAACACACAGCCUCCUUGGGCUGGCUAGAUCUGGUCUGGAAUUUCACACUUGGGGUAUGGGGCAGGGUUUGUGUGUAGCCUAGGCUGGUCUCAAUGCUGAGAUCCUCCUCCCUCAGCUUCCCAAGUAGUAGAAUUACAGGUGUGCACUAUUAGAGGCAAGCAUUUUCAUAGCUCUUUUAAGGAUUUUUUUUAUUAUGUUUAUUUAGUGUGUGUGUGUGUGUGUGUGUGUGUGUGUGUGUGUCACGCAUACAUACCAUAACUCAAGAGUAAAUGCCAGAAGACAAGUCUGCUCUCUUCUUUCACCACAUGCGACCCAGGAAAUGAGCUCGGGUCAUCAGGCUUAGCAGCAAGCCCCCUUGACCCAGUGAGCCAUCUCGCCAGCCCCAUCUUUUAAGUUUUUGUUUUUCUAAAGGCCUUUCCUUUUUAUCUUCAGUGAUGGCAACUUCAGUGUGGCUGAGGUAGAAGAUAGAAGUUUAUCCCCACUGCUGGCUCGUCUCCCACACUGACCUUGAAGUUUUUCUGGUGUUUGUUUGCUUGUUUGUUUGUUUGUUUAAAAAAAAGGAAAACAUGGCCUUGCUAUUACUGUGAGACUCAAGGAAGGGCCAUGAGUGUAUGUAUUAAAAAGCUUCACUUGGUUCCCAAGAGACAGCCCUGGGUGUCCCGGGACCCCGGAGGCCUCUAGAGAGCACCCUGUUAUUUAUUUAUUUUUCUCCUCGAAACGGUUCAUUGGACUUAAAAUAUUGUAGAAGGAGGUGACAGUUCUGCUGACUCAGAUGACUCUCAUCCUGGAGGUCCAGUCUGAGCAGCCUUGCCUGGAAGGUCUAGUCUGGCCCCGACUGAAGCUCCUUCCAGUGCUUGAACCCAUUCUCUGGUGCAGCGAAGAUGUUCGUCUUAGAUCUAAAUCAGCCCAAAAGUCCAGCCUGGCAGCCUCGGCAGAAUGGUAGCUGUCUGCAGCAUUACAAUUGUGCAACUUCUGGGGUUUCCCUUCUUUUCCUGUCAGUAAUAGAAAGUCCCCAGCUGUUCCUCAGAACAGACUCCUUGAAUACCAGAAUUUUCGCUCUGCUGGUGUUUCUGUGGGCCUCAAUCAUUUCUCACAGGUUAUUUGUUUCCUCGCAGGAAAUUACCUGUGCACAGAGCCCGCAGCUUCAAAUUCUGCUUCUUACAGAAGCUGCUCCCAGAAAAUAGUUUCAGAAGAGACAGGGGAAGUAGUGAUAAGAGAGACAUCACCCUGCCCCCCAGUGGUGGUCGCUCCAAAUUAAUGAAGGAACCCAUAGUGGGAUGUCUUUGAUGAACCCCACACUCAUGUACAUAUAUGUAUGUAUAGACAGUGUCGCUGACUUCAGGCACACCAGAAGAGGGCAUCGGAUCCCAUUACAGAUGGUUGUGAGCCACCAUGUGGUUGCUGGGAUUUGAACUCAGGACCUCUGGAAGAGCAGUCAGUGCUCUUAACCUCUGAGCCAUCUCUCCAGCCCAAGAUCUGAAAUUCUUAAUUGAAGAGUCUCGUGGCCUCAUUUGAACCCACUGUAUGACCAUACACUGAGCUGCACCUUUUGGAAGCAAGCAGGCCCAUCCUGGGGUUUUUCCCUCAAUAUAGAAUCACGGAACCUAGACUCUAAGGCCAAGGGGUCACGGUUGCCUGGGAGCCUGUUUCAUAGAGAGAGAUCGGGCACCACAGAAACCAUCAUAUCCAGAGCUUAGAGUGGGCAAGCUAAUUGCCCUAGGAAGAGGAAUGACUUGAAGGAGCUGAGGUCACAGGGUUGUUGUUUUGUCCAUGGCUGACCUGAGAUUAUGUUUUUACCAGAAAACCCUGUUUCUAGUUGUAUCGUGGCUCAGCCUUGGCACGCACCCUUAAUCCCUCUGUCUGGGACACAGACACACCCGUAGAACACAUCUUUAAUCCCAAAGGAUGAAGGCGAGGCUAGUCUGUAGAAGGACGUCUAAUUGAGUGGUGGAAUCAGAGAAAGCGAUGAAUCAGAGGAAGAUUCGGCAGCAUAGGGUUAUGCCCAACCCUCACAAGAACAGAGAGGAAAGAGAAAGCUGUGCAGAGAGAAAAGACGGCAGAUUUACCAGCACCCGUUGUACAGAGACAGAUUGCAGAGAAAGAACAAGCUGGACACAGGUGAAGAAAGAAGGAGCCAGAAGAUUAGCACAGGUCCCAAAGUUAGUAUCUGAUCAAGCAGAGCAAUUCGGGGGAAGCCGAGAGAAGCCGGAUUGAAUCAGUCAGCUUGGAAAGGAGUUUGAGCCAGAGUUGACCAGCCAGCCACGGAGAGCAAGUCCAAUAUCAUAGGCCAAAAACAUUCUAGGCCUACAUAAGAUUUAACAGAGGCUAGAAACUUCCACGACUAGGUCUAGGUCAACAGAGGCAGCCUCAGAGAAGACCAUUACGUCUGGCGAAUAGAAGCUACUUUUACAAGAAGGCACACUUAGGAAUGGCUUAUGGGAGAGGUGUAUUGCACAUUAGCACAGGGCUAAACUCUAGAGAUGUGAAUUAUUGAGUGAAGGAGGUGGGCAUUUGGGAGUUGUAAAGCUUCAACGAAGAAGAAAAAGAAAAACUUAGACUACUUCCGCUCUAAGCAUCCGUUAGUCGGGGAACAGAGCAAGCUGGUCAUUGGAAAAGAAGGGUAGUUGGGAAAUCUAGUGGUAAUGUCUGAAAACAAGUCGUAAGGAAUAAAAAGAACUUUAUAGACAAGUGAGAUGUGAGGGGGAAGGGGAUGAGAAGGAAUGAGACCAGGAGGGGUACAGUCUGGUCCCAAAGAGUGCUUAGAAUGAGGGAAGUCACUGCAGGGCUAAAGCACACAGUAUUCAUGUCUGCUGAUGCUGUAACAAAUUACCAAACACUAGGUGGCACGAAACAAAACCCACAAAGGCCUGAAGUGGGUGUCUUUAGGUUUAAAGCACUGUCAGGCCCCGUUCCUUCUAAAGGCUCCUGAAGAGAACCGCCCCUAUCCAUUCUGGUUUUCCAGAGCUUGUGCUCCUGAGUUUCCUGCUUUUUUCCUUUCUCCUCAAAGCCAACAGAAAAGCAACUUUAGUUCUCUCCCUCCAGCCUGGGAUCUCCUGCUUGCUUCUUCCUCACUUAAAGCAUACCUGAAGCCAGGUCUGGUGGCAUAUGACUUUAAUCCCAGCACUCUGGAGGCAGAGGCAGGCAGAUCUCUGAGUUCAAGGCCAGCCUGGUCUCCAGAGUGAGUCAAAGGACAGCCAGGGCUAUGCAGAGAUGUGCAGGCUGUGCAGGAGCUAUGCAGAAGUAUGUUGUACAUUAGCAUACAGCCGAACUCUAGAGAUGUGUCUCAAAAUAACAAAACAAACAAAUGCACAUAGAGUGCUUUUACCUUGGGUUCAAACAACGAGCUACUUUUGUUCCUUCUGUAGCUCUUAAGUGUUCCACACUUUGGAACAAAAUCUAUUCAGAAGGACUAAGAAAGACAUGGAUGGGGUUGGGGAUUUAGCUCAGUGGUAGAGUGCUUGCCUAGCAAGUGCAAGGCCCUGGGUUCGGUUCCCAGCUCCAAAAGAAAAAAAAAGAAAAAAGAAAAAAAAAAAGAAAGACAUGGAUGUCCAAUGCUCCCUACACCAUGCAGGAAGCAGAGGAUGGUUGCAUCGAGAAAAGUUGUCACCAACGCUGUGUGGAAAAGAUCUAGCAUCCAAGAAAAGCCAAAACUUAAUUGCCAUUUUAUCCAAUUUAUAUUGGUUGUCAUCCUGACAACUGGUUUUUUAAUCACCUUCUUAGCAUGGCUGUUUAUAGAUUAGGUUGAAAAAAGACCCACCUGAAUGAAAAGGUUGGCAGCCUGGGUUUAUGGUCUGGAGUCUAAGUAUAGAAAACAGUGAGCUGAGGACCAGAGGACUAGUAUUGGUAGUUCCUCCCGGCGCCCCUUCUCCCACCUUGCUCCCCCCCCCCCCACACUGCGGAUACAAUGUGUCCAAGUGCUUUCUGCCAUCCUGUCCCGCCGUCCAACCUUCCCCAUCAUGACUGACUACCCUCUUAAACUGGGAUUCAAAAUAAACCACCCUUCCUUCCUUCCUUGGGAUAGGUUGUUGUUGUUGUUGUUGCUGCUGCUGUUUUGGGCUUUUUGUUUGUUUGUUGUUUUGUGUGUGUUUAGCCAUGAACUCCGUCACAGCUGUGGUGUUGUGGUUUGCCCUGAAGUUAUCUGUAUUUUGAUGCUAAUUCCACUGCCCCAAGGACAGCAGCCUAGUCAAGGACUCAGAACUUAGGUGACUUCACCAGAACCACCUCUCCAUUGAAUUUUUAAAGUAUGGUGAGGGGCAGGUACAGGAUAGAAGGAGGCCUGUCAUUGGAGGAGAAGGAAGGAUGGGCGGGAGAGAAGUUUGAAGGAAGAGGAGGAGACUAAGGGAGAGUGGAGAAGGAAGACGGAGAGAGAGGAGAAGCCAUGGCAGGUGAUGUUAAGAUUCUGCUCUGUGUAUUUACAGGUUGUUAUCAAUGUUCCUAAGGGAUAGAUGGUACUGGGCUUUAUAUGUUUAAGUGGGCAAUCAUAUCUUUCCAAUUGGAUCUAAGAUUAUUGUGUUGUGUGUUCUUUUAUGUGAGGGUUUGAGUGUAGGAAAGUGUGCGGCUGGGCUGUGUUUCCGCCAAGAUAUCUAACAGGUAUCUGGGCACCGCGGUACAGAGUUAUCAGGGUAAAGGACACCGAUACUCUUUAUAUUUUUACAACAACACAGUGGUAUUAAUUAGUAAAGGCAUCAGAGUUCUGGCAGUUUUCAUAACAAGUGAGUUCCUGGUAACUGCUGCUGGAUAACAAGUCACCCCCCAAGCCUGCUGUCUUUAGGACAAUAAGGAACUUCUUAUGGCUCCCAACACAUGCACACUUGUCCUGUUGGCUUCGCCUGGCUCAUUCACAAAACUACUUAUAGCUGGAGGGUCAGCAAACCUGGAAGAUCUGUAUAAACUUGGCGACAGCCACUGACAGACUAUUUUGAUGGAUCUUGGGCUCAGUAAGGCCGGGCCAGCAGUAGCAAGAUUAUGGACCUGCAGGAUCUCAGAGCCUGAACUCAUUGCACAAAGCCAGCCAGAGUUCAAGAGAGAGGGAAAACAGACUGAUUUCUCCUGCUGCUAGGGACACUGUCGCACUGCCUCGCAUCAUGAAGUGGUGACUUUACAGGUAGUAAUGUGGCACUGAGGGUUGCAGUCUGGCAUUUGAGAUUGGAGGGGUAAUGUGCCCCUGAUGACAGCGGUACCCAAGGCUCAGCCAACGGGAUGAGUGGUACGAGUGCAAUAAGAACCAUAGAUCCUGAGCGAAGGGAGCUACAAGGCUGGAGUAGAGAACAUCUAAUCCUCCGGAUAGAGAGCAGAAAUCGUGGCAAGCAGAGAGGAACGGGCUGUGGUCCAGAUUGUGACUGUAGCUAGCGGUUGGAAAAGUCUGGAAUGACCACACCGAUGACAUGGUUCUGCAGACCACAAGGACGAUGACCACAGCACACAGGGCCAUUUCAUGAACAAUACCCAGUACCCAGAACCCCUUCCUUUAGUCCUUCAUAAAAUAAACUCGCCACUUCUGACAUCCAGACGGAGUGGUGGGUGGCUGUUGCAAGGCAUAGUUUAACCCUUAUCCUCCACGUCCUUCCGAGUUUAUUCAAGGAGGAAAUGCUGUAAGGGGGUCACCAGGGUUCCCAUCUGCCGUUUCUGUCUUUCCUGCCUCCUUGGAUUAUCUAUCUAAAGGCAAGAGAGUACUCAGGCAGACAAGCAAGAUUUGCCAGGGUGAAAUGUAUUAACUCUGCUAAGGGGAUACUAUUCAUCACUCCCACUGAAAGUAAAUAAAAAAUCAGACAGCAGACAGUGAUCAUCCAGCACUCACUCAACCUCCAACGUGUAGAUAGGAAUAAACCGAAAGCUGUUACGAAGGGGGUAAAAUUGCUUAUUUGUGCAUUUGCUUCCAGGAAUAGGUGUUUAUGGGUAACUCGUGAGCAGCUGAUUUGCUGGGAUACUGAGAAGGCAUGACUACCUCUCUGGCUGUAGUUUUGAAUUCCUACAAUACUUUUUGGCUUGUCGUACACACUGGAAAGCUGUUUGCUCUGAAUGAAAUAUUCAGGGUGUUGGGUGUUGAGGAGUUCAGUGGUGCUUACUGCAAACUAUAUGGGAUUAGAACCCCAGCCAUGGGUGUUGUCUUUACCUCUGACGCCCACUCACUGUUUUUUUGUUUCUUUUAAAAUUACAUAAAUAAUUUUACCUAAAAUGAAGGAUAGUCUCUGUGGUAAGAGCCUGAGUAGAACCAUUAAGGGUUUCUGACCACCUCAAAGACAUAUGUAAAAACCGACAUAGUUAUUAAUUUCACCAACAUAUUAGAGAUCCCCAUGACUGGGGGGUCUCCUCUUCAGAGUCAGCUAUCACAGUGAGUUUGCUAAGUGACAAGACAUCCAAUUCUCUAGUUUUUAGUUUCCUAUGUUGUCCCUAAAUUCAAACAUUCUUCUAAAAUAAUCUUUCAAAACAAUCAAAUCCCCCAGCAAAGACCGAUUUUUUUUUCUUCCUACCUCUUAGGAUAUUCAAGGCAAUGUACCUUGGUUUCAAAGUUAUGGGGGUUCCAAAUGAAGCCAGUUUGCGGUUCCGCCCUGACACCCAUGGCAACCUCACCAGGACAUUGUCAAAGAAACACUUCCACCCUGAUUCCUUUCUGACUCAAGUCAGCCACUCCUCAUCUUGAGUUUCCAUUCCUCAGUGUCCAGUGGGUUAUGCCUGAGUUAGCGCUUAUAAAAAUCCUUCCUUUGGGGCGAUCUCUGUCAGGAUUAAGUAUGUGGGUUUACCUCUGAAGUUGAUGUUGGCUUUCUUUUUUUUUUUUUUUAAGAUUUUAUUUAUUUACUUCAUGUGUGUGAGUACACUGUUGCUCUCUUCAGACACACCAGAAGAGGGGAUCAGAUCCCCAUUACAGAUGGCUGUGAGCCACCAUGUGGUUGCUGGGAAUUGAACUCAGGACCUCCAGAAGAGCAGUCAGUGCUCUUAACCACUGAACCAGGACUCUUAGUCCCAGGACUCUCUUUUUAACAUUGUCCGAAAGACCCUGUCUUCCUCAUCAGCGAAUCUGGGGCCAUAACCAGGACUUACCCAUCAAUCCACUCAACUCUCUCACUGAGUGUAGGAGAUGGAUUCUGCCAUGGUUCCCUCUGAACUAAUGGACAAUACCCAGGAGGUAAACCCCACCCAGUCGUCUGAGGGAUAGGAAAAUGGGGGGUAGCUGAGAUUCAAGCUCACUCCAUCUCAGGCACCAAGGUUCCACGCUCCCUAUGUUGGUGACCAAGUCAUUAUGAGUCUUGAUCAUGUAUCUACCCCAGCCAUUGGGCACAUUUACCAAUUUUAUCUUUGGUCUCUAGACUGGUGAUAACCAUAGUGGGUACUGAGGAGGUCAUCCAUCCACUGCCAAAAGCAAGCUUCUGCCACAUUGUUCUGUUAGACAAGGGAAUAAAAAUACCACUGAACCUCUGGAAGAGCAGUCAGUGCUCUUAACCACUGAGCCAUCUCUCCAGACAGAAUCUUAGGGAGCCACCACACCCGGCUGACAAUCAGGAUAGACUUUUAUUUUUGUCCUCAAGAUGUUGUUUGCUUGUUUGUAAAUAUAAGCAGGUGGGGAAUGGCCAUUUAUUUUCAGCCUCCUGGUGCUACACAACCCCAAGUCAAAUCCUGACCCAAACCACAUACCUGCUCCCUCAAAGCCUUCCUAAAAAGCCAUUCUCCUGUCUCAGGUUUCACAACUGCCUGUGACAACACUGUGGUUGACAGAACUGCUUUACCUUCAGGGAAGACCCAGCUCUGAGAAGACAGUCUGUGGCACCCUCCACCUCUUGUCUUUACCAUCUAAAGGAUGGCUUUCUGCAAGUCAGCUCUGCUGGGUUGAAGUUAGAGCUUUAUAAAUGGACUCUGACAUGGACUACGAAAGACCCAACGUUGAAACCAUCAAGUGCGUGGUUGUGGGUGACAACGCCGUGGGGAAGACUCGCCUGAUCUGUGCCCGGGCGUGCAAUACCACCCUGACACAGUACCAGCUGCUGGCCACCCAUGUGCCCACCGUGUGGGCCAUUGACCAGUACCGCGUCUGCCAAGAGGUCCUGGAGCGGUCCAGGGAUGUUGUUGAUGAAGUGAGCAUCUCCCUCAGGCUUUGGGACACUUUUGGAGAUCACCAUAAAGACAGGCGUUUCGCAUACGGCAGGUCCGAUGUUGUGGUUCUCUGCUUUAGCAUCGCGAAUCCCAACUCCCUAAAUCAUGUGAAAACCAUGUGGUAUCAAGAAAUCAAGCACUUUUGCCCUCGAACACCUGUCGUUCUGGUUGGCUGCCAGCUAGACCUCCGCUACGCCGACCUGGAGGCUGUUAACCGGGCCAGACGCCCCUUAGCAAGGCCCAUAAAGAGAGGUGAUAUUUUGCCCCCAGAAAAAGGCCGCGAGGUGGCGAAGGAACUUGGCAUCCCGUACUAUGAGACCAGCGUGUUUGACCAGUUUGGCAUCAAGGACGUGUUCGACAAUGCCAUCCGGGCAGCCCUCAUCUCCCGCCGGCACCUGCAGUUCUGGAAAUCCCACUUGAAAAAAGUCCAGAAGCCUCUGCUUCAGGCGCCCUUCCUACCUCCGAAAGCUCCUCCCCCGGUCAUCAAAGUCCCCGAGUGUCCGUCCACCGGGACGAGCGACGCAGCCUGUUUACUGGACAAUCCCCUAUGCGCCGACGUCCUCUUUAUCCUCCACGACCAGGAGCACAUCUUUGCGCACCGCAUUUACCUCGCUACCUCUUCUUCCAAAUUCUACGACCUUUUUUUAAUGGAGUGUGAAGAUUCCCCGGGUUGGAGUGGAGGAGCUGGUGAGGAGGUGCCAUGCAGGGAUUUUCAGGGGCGGACGCAGAGUCUUGGAGCAGCCGAGGAAGGGCAGGAGGGCUCCCAGAGGACCCCUCAGGCUGACCCAGGAGCAUCUUCAGGCCAGGACCUCUUGGAGAGUCUGGCUUCGCAGACCGAUGCCUCGGUUUCCGAGGCGCACGCCCUAACCGGCUGGAGCAAGGGGUUUGUCAGCAUGCACAGGGAGGUGCGGGUCAACCCCAUUUCCAAGCGGGUGGGCCCAGUGACCGUGGUCAGGCUGGACUCUUCGAUGCAGUCAGGCCCUUUCCGGACCCUACUGAGAUUCCUCUACUCUGGGCAGCUGGACGAAAAGGAGAAAGAUCUCCUGGGGCUAGCUCAGAUGGCCGAGGUCUUGGAGAUGUUUGAUCUGAGGAUGAUGGUGGAGAAUAUCAUGAACAAGGAGGCCUUUAUGAACCAGGAGAUCACGAAAGCCUUCCACGUCAGGAAAGCCAAUCGGAUCAAAGAAUGUCUCAGUAAGGGCACCUUCUCAGAUGUGACAUUCACCUUGGAUGACGGAGCCAUCAGUGCCCACAAGCCGCUGCUGAUCUGUAGUUGCGAGUGGAUGGCCGCCAUGUUCGGGGGCUCCUUUGUGGAAAGCACCAACAGUGAGGUUCACCUUCCAAACAUAAACAAGAUGUCCAUGCAGGCCGUGUUGGAAUACCUCUACACCAAGCAGUUGUCGCCCAACUUGGACCUGGACCCUCUGGAGCUAAUCGCCUUAGCUAACAGAUUUUGCCUGACACACUUGGUUGCACUCGUAGAACAGCAUGCCGUCCAGGAGCUCACUAAGGCCGCUGUGAGUGGUGUGAGCAUUGAUGGUGAAGUACUCUCCUACUUGGAGUUGGCGCAGUUUCACAAUGCCAACCAGCUAGCCGCCUGGUGUUUACAUCACAUCUGCACCAACUACAACAGCGUCUGUUCCAAGUUCCGCAAGGAAAUCAAAUCCAAGUCAGCAGACAACCAGGAGUACUUUGAACGCCACCGCUGGCCCCCUGUGUGGUACCUUAAGGAGGAAGACCACUACCAGCGUGUGAAGAGGGAACGAGAGAAAGAGGACCUGGCGCUGAACAAGCACCAUUCGAGGAGAAAGUGGUGUUUCUGGCAUCCGUCCCCAGCCGUGGCCUGAGGAGGAGGGAGAGGGGACCGUCAUCCGCUGAGGCCACCUCCACCGUUGACAGCUCUACUGUUAAAAACCAGCCUCCUUAGCCGUCCGCGCAGUUAGGGUUUGAGGCACUGGCUUUUCCACUCGUGUGCAUUUAUCUCCACCAGGAUCAAAGAGAAAGCUUUGAUGCCAUCAACAGGGCAUAAAAGGAAAACUGACUGACUUUCCUCUGAACCCUUCAGACCCAUAAUGUCCUCCCUUUUCUUUCUUUUUUUUUUUUUUUCCUUGUUAGGAAGCUUUAAUACACUUUAGUCCGUUAUUUUGUUCCUUUUUAUACAAAGACAAAACAAAGCCCAGCUUUCCUGUCCCCAGAUUCCAGAUUGGAGAAUAUUUUUAUAAGGACUCUUGUCUGUCGCUGAAGUGACAAUACUGUGUAUUCCUCUCUUUUACAGGCCACACAUUGACCAUGAAGUUGCUCCCCACCCCCACCCACGAGUCUCUCGGCCCAUGUGCCCGCCGAGCGUUACUCAUAAUUACAGAGUUAUCCUUUUGUUGCGAGGUAAAGGGGUGGGGCUGAAAUCACCCGAACUAUAAGCUAGAAGCGCCUAAUCUUUGCUCUGAUGAGCCACUGGUGUAAGUUCCUAUUCACACGAUUUCCUCUGUAAGUGCUUGUAAUUAUAAGGUUAUCUGUGCCAUAUAAACUAUGGUGAGGGCAGAUAUCCUACCAUUUAAAAUGUCUAGAUUUAAAGAGGCUAAGCCUUAUAAUCAUUAGAAGGGCUUAUUCAACCCCAGUCCUGUCAGGGGCAAGGCUGACUGCCAGGCCUGCGUACCUACAACAACGGCCAGCCAAGUCCUACCGUUGGAUAACCGUGUCAGAGUCGGUGGCUUUCGAUGGUCUCUGAUUUCGCUGUGCUCCCACCAGCAAACCCUCCUGGGGCCUGAAGAGAGGUAAGGGAAGGGGAAAAGACUCAUCCCACUGGCUACAGGUCAGUCACCUCGGCCUCACGGCCUCACACCUACAGCCAACUUCACUUUGUAAGACAAGUAUUUGUAUUUUUUUUUUUUUAAUUUUAACUCUUCCCAGGGAAAAUUCAGGUCACCACUGAAGUAGGCCAAGGCAGGGCACCUGCUUCUUAGAGAGGUCUCACCAGGGAGCCUGUGAAAGCACAAAGCUGGGGGUUGGGUCCUGCCUUCUCCAGCAGGGAAAGGAGUCAGUUACUAAGAGCAUAGGGAAUGGUGCUAUUCCGAGGUAGUUCUGACCCCGUGCCCCUUGGGAAGGUCAGUGUUAGAACAGAACUUGCAAAGCAGGGGAGGUCUCAAGAGGCAUCAAUAUCAUUGCCUCUCCGCAGAUUAAAAUGUUACAGUAUACACACUUGCACACACACACACACACACACACAACCAUCAGAGAGUCACAACUCCACACCUGCCACAGGAUGUCGUGUGCUAGACACUGGGGCCCAUCCUGUUGGGAGGUCACCUUACUGAUGCUAAGGGCUAUUGAUUUUUUUGUUUGUUUGCUUUUUGGUUUUGGGUUUAUUUUGUUUUUUGUUUUGUUUUGUUUUGUUUUGUUUUCUCUGAAGAUGGGAAAGAGACAGUUGAGUCCAAACUCCAAAUGCCAUAUGGAUUUGGAAAUCUGUGUAGACCACAGGCAGGUGUUUGUUUCUGGCAUGGCCACAUUCCAGAUACAAGAACGUAGAGAGACCCAGCAAGGCACCACACCCUCUCAUGGCAGAGAGGGAGCAGUGGGGCAGGGUGAGGGCCAGCUAAUAAAGCCUCCCCUCCCCCCCUUAACUUUGUUCAUAGGGCAAAUGGCUGACGGAAGGAGAAGGUGGGUAGGUUGAGAGGGUAUGCGUCAAGACUUGGGGAGAGGUAGCAGAUAGCCGUCUUGAGGCUCUGUUUUCAAUGAGUAGUCCUAGUCGACCUUAACCAAAGCUCCAUCCGAUUGUAUUCUUGCCAAAACACAACAGACACAUGCACGAACAUGGGGCGUAAGCAAUAAUGUCCUCUCGUGUUCUCCACGGCUGCUCGAACCAAGUGGCUGGUUCAUUUGGUUGACACUGAUUCGCCUUUAACCAUGACGGUUCCUGUUUUUUAUUUCACAGAAAGCCAAUAAAAUUGUUUAGCUAUAAAAAAAAAAAAA